AUGGCGGAAGGAGUGUACGGGCACCCGUACCCGCGCGUCGACCAGUACGGGUACCCGGUCCCGCCGGUCGACCAGUACGGGAACCCCAUCCCGGACGAGCCGGCGGCGAACGGGACCGACGAUACGGCGACGGCGGGGUACGUGGCGCCCUCUGACGCCGCGGUGUCGACGGGCGACUACGGCAGCAGCGACGGCGUGAGCUAUGGCCUCGCCGGGGCGGCGGAGCACCCGCACGAGAGCGUGGUAAGCGGCGGCGCGGCGUACCCGCACGACGGCGGCGUGCCCCCAGGCGAGAAGGCGUUCGCGUACGAAGGCAUGGUCAGCAGCGCCGGCGGCACGGCCGCGCAGCUCCCUCCAACCAGGGAGGAGCAGCACGCGACGCUCGGCGAAACGCUGCGCAGCUCCGGCGCCAAAUCCAGCUCCAGCUCCAGCUCGUCGUCCGAGGAUGACGGGCAAGGAGGGCGGAGGAAGAAGAAGAGCAUCAAGGAGAAGAUUAAGGAGAAGCUCCCCGGCAGCCACAAGCAGGAGGAGCGCAAGGCCGGGGACGCCGGGACGGGGACGCAUGCAGCGGGGAAGCACGAGAAGAAGGGCAUCGUGGAGAAGAUCAAGGAGAAACUCCCCGGCCACCACUAAGCCAGAGCUCGCGCACGCACUCAUCGUUCUGCACGUACUCCUAUAUGAUAAUACACGUGAUCAAUAACUAGCCUGUAAGUUUAUCGGUGGCCUUGAAUCUCGCACUAUUUUUUGUUUCAGGCGUUGUGUUGUACCAUAAAAUGUUUAAGCCCGUUUGCUUCAGGGCUCUAGUUGAGUUCUCGGUAUUUAAUUAAAUGGGUAGUUGUACAGUGGCAUGUAUCCAGUAAUCGAGAGUCGGGAUCUUGUUAUACUUGUGCUUUUUAAGACUUGAGAGUGCUUUACGU